AAUAUAAUUGAUGAGGAUUGGUUCACUGAACAGAAGAGACAAGUUGAUUAUGAGCUUAGCGAAGAGUUGAAACCCUACCUUAAGAGAGAAAGAUUCAACAAAAUAUCCAAACUCACCAUCGAUGAAGGAAAGAAACUUGUUAGACUAUGUAAUCUAGAGCCUAAGUUGCUUAAGAAGAUCAACCAUAGAAGAAGAAUAUUUAGUACCACCGAAAACCCGAUCCAUGACCAUAUUGUUGCUAGUAGAUACUUUAAAGAACUGGCUGAUGAUAAAAGUUCCAAACUGCGAUUGCAAGCAGCGGAAGCAUAUGCUAACAUUAUACGUAUUAAGGCUAUGGAUAGACUAGGUGGGCCCAACGAAGUACUUCCAUAUCUGGAAAUCGCAAUCGAUCUUAAAAAAGCAGAUAUUUAUUUUGCUAUCUACUCAGUAUAUGCUGAAUUGGGUAGAGAGGAUAAUGCCA